AUGAGUGGAGAAGACAGGCCGAGUGCUCCUCGCACAUCCAUACCCGUACCCCCAGUCCUACAAGCGGGCGCUCUAGUUGGCACCUGCGGUCUUCUGUAUGGCGGUGUCUCCGGGGUGCUUCGAGCACAUCACCCUAUAAUAAAAUCAAUAUCUACCGGAGUCUAUUGGUUUGCAUUCGGUAGCUCGUUCUGGUGGCUAAGGAGUAAUAUCCUUAGGAUUCAAUUCGAAGAUAAUGCAACCGCAAAAGAACGCAUCUAUUCAAGCGUCGCAUCCAGCGGCAUUUCCGGCGGAGCGAUUAACUGGGCAAUGAACAGACGUUUCCUUCCUGGCCUAGUCAUAUGUUCCAUGCUGGGCUUUGUGGGACAGUACUCUUACAAUACACUUGAGAAGCGUCAGGCACGGCUCCAAUCAGAGCCGGCGUCGACAAAAACAUGGGCUGAACGGAUGGCUGAUUCUCGAUGGGUACCAAUCAGAAACUUGUCCGAUGAGCAGUAUAAAGCAAUGCUACAGGAAAAAUUACUUGGCGUUGAUGUGGAAAUUGCCUUGAUUGAUGAUAGGCUGAAGGAGCUGAGGGGUUCUGGUGACGAGAAAUCGGACACUGGCAAGUAG